UUGGAUUAUAAACUCACAAGUAAUAAUAAUAAUAAUAAUAAUAAUAAUAAUAGUUAUAUUGAAGAUGGUGUAAUUCUUGAUAUUGAUAAUUGGUAUACACAUAAGGUUAUGUCAGCUUUCAAGGUUUUAUUAUUAUGAAAUACUCUUCUCUUCCAAAAUAUCUCAUAUUAUUAUAAAACGGCUACUUUCUCUUGCGCUUGAAUCUGUCAUUUGGGAAUCACAAUAAUAAUAAUUUUUAUUUAUAAUAAUAAUAACAACAACAUAUAAUCAACUGAUAGCGUCCAUGAGAUCUAAAUAAUUUUGGAACAAUUAUAAUAGUAAUUGUGAAAUAAUAACUUUUGUACAAUCACGGAAUUUACUGAUAAAAAAAUAAAAAAAUAUCUAACAAUUUACUGGUAUGGCUGAUGUAAACCCGGUAGUAAAUGAGGAAGAGAUGAUGGAAAUAGCUGGCAUAGACACUGGCGGAGGUGGAUGCGGUGAUGAGAUAGACGAAGAAGAAUCAGAAGGUGUUAUUGUACCAGAAUUACAAGGGACACUAUCUAAAUGGACUAAUUAUAUUCAUGGAUGGCAAACACGUUUCAUUGUACUCAAAGACGGCACAUUGUCCUAUUAUAAAUCGGAACAAGACAGUGGUUUUGGUUGUCGAGGCUCUAUCAGCCUUUACAAAGCUGAUAUUAAGGCUCAUGAAUUUGACGAAUGCCGAUUCGACGUAUCAGUGAAUGAAAGUUUAGUGUGGUAUCUUAGAGCAAAUUGUCCAGAGGAAAAACAACGCUGGGUUGACGUAUUGAAAUCGUAUAAAGCCGAGUCUGGGUAUAGCAGUGAAAAUAGUUUAAAGCGGCACGGCAGUACAGUAUCACUGGUAUCAAACACACAAUCUACGGCAAGUGGCGGCAGUUUGAAUAAACGUGGGUUACGAAAUUUAAAAGAAAAACUUGCCGAGUUAGAGACAUUCAAGGAUAUAUUAAGUAAACAAAUAGAUACAUUACAAAAAUAUUUUGACAAUUGCGCUGGUAAUGUAUCGCCGUCUCAGGUAUCCUCAGUGUCCCAAGAAACGAGAGUUAAUUCUCAUGAGUUUAUUAAAAAUGAUAUUGGAUUCGACCCAGCGCUCCAGUCAAUUGAUUUUAAAGGAGAAGCUAUUACAUUUAAAGCUACUAGUGAAGGUAUACUCAGUACAUUACAACACUGUGUCGAAUUAAUGGGUCAACGCGAAGACGUCUGGCGCCGUCGAUGGGAAAAAGAAAACGAACGGAGGAAAAAAAUGCAAGAACUUUAUAAAGCUCUCAAGGAUCAGAUUAAUAUUCAUCGCGGUGAUUCUAUUCGGCCUAGAGUUUUAAUACACGGAGGUCCUGAUUAUGAAGAAGGUCCACACAGUGCUUUGUGUGAUGAAGAAUUUUACGAUGCUAUGGAAACUGGAUUAGAUAAAAUAGAUGAAGACAAUCAAAUGAGAGAUCGUUUGAAACGAAAAUCUGUUUCAAUUUCAGUUGAUUCAACAGUUACUCCUGCAAUUAAUCAUAAAUUAUGGCCGGAGAUCGAAAAAGUAACAAUGCAACAACUGCACUACGCGCGUUUGGGUGUUGGUGGAGCAGGUGGUUGGCAAUUGUUUGCCGAAGACGGGGACAUGCGAAUGUACAGGCGAGAAGAAGAGGCUGAUGGAUUAGUAGUUGACCCGUUGAAAGCGUGUCAUGUUGUCAAAGGUGUAACAGCACGGGAAGUGUGUCAAAUAUUUUUUAGCCCUGAGUACAGAAGCGGUUGGGAGACGACUCUUGAGGAUAUGACCAUUGCCGAAACUAUUUCCAAUGAUACUUUAGUAUUUCUUCAGACGCACAAACGUAUUUGGCCGGCAAGUCAACGUGAUGCCUUAUUUUGGUCCCACAUUCGGAGUGUUCCUGAUGAUCAAGAUCCUGAUGCUUCUGAUUUAUGGAUUGUUUGUAAUCACAGCACUGAACAUCCUCAGUAUCCACCAAACUCAAAUAAAUGUGUGCGAGUUUAUUUAACUGUUUGCAUUGUAUGUCAAACAUUUGUUGAUCCACCGAAAGAUCCAAACAAAAUAAGCCGUGAUGACAUUACUUGUAAGAUAACUUACUGUUCUGUGGUAAAUCCAGGUGGUUGGGCACCAGCUUCUGUGCUUCGCGCAGUCUACAAACGUGAGUAUCCAAAGUUUUUAAAACGCUUUACCAGCUUCUGCAUUGAACAGUGUAAAGAUAAACCUAUAUUGUUUUAACUAAAUAAUUAUAAUUUUAAUUAUAAAUAAAUAAAAUUGUAAAAGUGGAACAAAAGAAAAUUUAUAAUGAA